CCCCAAAGACCCUAUACACUGUUUCAAUUCUUGGCGACUAGCGCCAAAGCAGUGGAGAAGCUCCUCGAAAGCACUUUUUCACCCCAUAUCCCUCUUGCCCUUCCCCUCUGCGUUAUCCUCAGUCCAGCAAACGCAAGUCACCGACCAUACUACACAGUCAGCGCUACAGUGGCGUUACCUUUCUUGCUGUCAAUUACCUCCCGAAAUCAAGCAUUCACUGGUCAGUGCUCGGUCAUGUCUAUCUCUUCACCAUUCCAUUCUGCUAUCCCCAAUUUCCCCACUCCCUUAACCCUGCUCACAGCCUCGCUCACGCUACCGCCCAUAAUUUCUGCGCCGCUUGCUUUCCUUCGCUCUGUGCGGAGAAAAUUGCUUUCUUCUCGCCCAAAUUGUCCUCUUCGGUUCCACCUCUCAUUCUAUUCUUUUGCUUCUCUUUCUUCCCGUCACCGCCACAGCCCUCAAAUUGGGUCUCCUACACACAUGGAUAACUGGAAAUCCUUGCCGUCACGGGGACGAUUACAGUUGGGUGAAAUGCGCGUCGCAAAUUGGUGAGUGAAAAUCUGCGCUCAGGGAAGUUUCUUAUGUGCAAGGAUUUGACCUCCGAAGAACGCCUGCGGGUUUGGACCAAGCUAACUAUGAAGAAAAGAGCGUUGAGGACCGGCAAAUUCAGGUUGCUUCUGAUAAGCCAAUUGGCAGUGCGUUUGGUUAGGAUGAAGAAGGUUAGAGAUACGAAUAAGUUGAAGAAGCUUGCUUUAAAGUGUAUCUAUCACAGAGCCUCCCCAAUGGAAGUCAUUCAAUGGCUGAAGCAUAAGAAUGCCAUUUCUUUUAGAUGGUCCAUUGCAAGGUGGCUAAUGGCAGCAAGUAGACAGAAUGACAUGAGAAGAGUGCCUGGUAGCUCUGAGAUUGAGGCUAUGGCAGCAUGGGGAGCAGGGGCAGCAGGGACUGCUGUAAUUUCUAAGCUAUACAGCCCCAGAAGUAAAGAUCAACACAUGAAAGACUUGCAAACAAGCCAAAAGAUAGUGGGUUUGUUAGCAAAAAGAUGACUUAUUGGGCGACUGGUGUCCGAGAUUAUGGCCAAUUAUAUCCAUGUAUAUAGCCUACUUCAAAAUAUAAGAUGAUGCAGUACUGUGUUUGGUUUUUAUCAACCAUGACUCGAUCUGAGCCUCUGGCAACAGUUUGCUGUACUUUCUUGCGUAGCAGGAAUGUUUUAAGUUUUUGAGAAAACCAUAUUGAUUUUGUCUGAAUAAUGAGUUUCAUCGCUGGAAAGAGC